GAGUCCAGCUAGCGUCACACCAGCUACUCUAGCUCGAACGGCGAGAGCUUGGCCCAUCGUCGUCGCUUGCCGCCGCGGCCCGGUCGUCGAAGCCAAGUCGGCGGGCGGCGAAUGGUUGAGCGGGUCUCAAGCACCAAAGGCAGAAUCGCAGCAGCUGCAACGCGACAAGAUGCAGGAAGCUCGCAGCGACAGAGCAAAGAGCGCGUGCAGGGUGAUCAGACGUACAAAGAGAGAGGAGAGCUCAGCACCAUGGCACUGCUGCACCGCAACCGCACCAUGCCUAGCCUUAGUGGCCCGCCCCGGCGAGCCUUUUUCCUCCGUAUUUCUUGCUCCGCCCGUCCUCCUCAUCACCUGUUGCCGCCGUCUCCGCCGCCGCCGCCGAUGAGAAUGACCCUUGAACGUGAUCGAAGGCGAGGCGGCGCAAAGGCUCAAAGUAGGCAGCCAGCGCAAUGAUCACCAGGCAUGCACACGCACGCACCGCAAGCCAUGAGAGCGACGAGGGCGGGCGUCAGUGUCGGAUGUGCCCAGUACAAUGCAAGCAAGGGGGCGAGGAGGGAGAUGGCAGUGAAGCUUGUCUUGUCUGGAGCCUGCUCUGCGUUCGUCCGUCGCCCGAUCUCCCGCGGACUUGACUUCUCGGACAAGCCGGAGAGUUGAUAUCACGCGUCGCACUGCC